CUUGUGCACACCCCAGCCGGGAAAUCCGAGCAGCUGAACUAUUUGCUCUAUACAUCAAAGCCUCAGGAUAUGCAGAAAUUCCCUGCAAGGCCAGACCCACCAUCAUGAGACCCUGCCUGAGGAGACUCAGUCGUCUGGGCCACGCUCUCCAGUGGCUCUUGCUUUUGGCUGGGUUCCUCUUCAUCUUCGCCCUGUCCUCCUUCAUUAAGGAACCUAAUACAAAGCCUGCCAGGAAUCAGCAUCGAGGGAACAUUAAGGAAAGGUCUCCAGAGUUGCUGCAAAAGGCUAUGUCCCAGGCACCCACGGCGGGAAGCAGGACGAGCGCCCACAUGGAGCCAGCACAGGGGACCAGCACGCGGGACACACACCCCGAGGCCGCAACCCAUAGGGCUAGUGAGGGCAGAGGAGCGGAGGCUGGCAAGGCCAGUGCCAAGGAGCCGGGCAGAGUGCCCAACACUGCUAGCACGGCAGCCCUGGAGACGCAGCCAAGCAAGGACACCGUGGGGCACACGCUGCCCCCGGGAGCUCAAGGCAUAGGUGUGGCCUCUGGCAGGAUGGAGGCGCCGUCACUGAACAGUCAGGACCCAAGGACAACCAAAGGCUCGGGGGACGAGGAGGCGAGGCCGACGGCCCCAAGGACGGUGCCCACGAAGCCAGAGGGCAGUGUGGCAGCCACAGCAAGGACGCCCCUUCCAGAAAAUCAGGCUGGGGUGUGGACCCCCACGGGAGCAGGGCCAACGGGGAGGGGAACCAGAGGAGCCACCACAGCGGCUGUCCCACCCAAGGACGGAGCCCAGGCCACCCCAUCCUCAGCCCCUCUCCAGAGCCCCACCACCCAGAGAGGCCAGAGACUGCAGGCUGCCAAUUUCAAGUCUGAGCCCCGCUGGGAUUUUGAGGAAAAAUACAGCCUGGAGGUGGGCGGCCUCCAGACGACCUGCCCUGACUCAGUGAAGAUCAAAGCCUCCAAGUCACCCUGGCUCCAGAAACUCUUCAUGCCCAACCUCACCCUCUUCCUGGACUCCAGACACUUCAACCAGAGCGAGUGGGAUCGCCUGGAGCACUUCGCUCCGCCCUUUGGCUUCAUGGAGCUCAAUUUCUCCUUGGUGCAAAAGGUCGUGCCCCGCUUCCCCCCGGUGCCCCAGCAGCAGCUGCUCCUGGCCAGCCUCCCUGCGGGGAGCUCCCAGUGCAUCAGCUGUGCUGUGGUGGGUAACGGGGGCAUCCUGAACAACUCCCAAGUGGGCCCAGAGAUAGACGGCCAUGACUAUGUGUUCCGGCUGAGUGGAGCUGUCAUUAAGGGGUAUGAACAGGAUGUGGGUACUCGGACAUCCUUCUACGGCUUUACUGCCUUCUCCCUGACCCAGUCACUCUUUAUACUGGGCGAUCGGGGUUUCCGGCAUGUGCCUCUGGGGAAGGAUGUCCGCUACCUGCACUUCCUGGAAGGCACUCGGGACUAUGAGUGGCUGGAAGCACUGCUUCUGAAUCAGACCGUGGUGACAAAGAAACUUUUCUGGUUCAGGCACAGGCCCCAGGAAGCGUUCCGGGAAACCUUGCAAUUGGACAGAUACCUGUUGCUGCACCCAGACUUGCUGCGAUACAUGAAGAACAGAUUCCUGAGGUCUAAGACUCUGAACACCAUCCACUGGAGAAUAUACCGGCCCACCACUGGGGCCCUGCUGCUGCUUACUGCCCUUCAGCUCUGUGACCAGGUGAGUGCCUAUGGCUUCAUCACUGAGGGCCACGAACGCUUCUCUGACCACUACUAUGAUAAGUCAUGGAAAAAAACGAUCUUUUACACCAACCACGACUUCAAGUUGGAGAAAAGUCUCUGGAAGCGGCUACAUGAUGAAGGUAUCAUCCGGCUCUACCAACGUCCUGUAACUUCCAAACCAAACAUCUGACCGGAGCCUGGGCUACAAAACUCUCUUCAGCUAUUCUAAGCCGCAGGGCGCAGUGGGAGCCUAGAAACUCUUCUGUCAUCUUCCCAGCACCUGGACCAGGCUCUGAGCCCCUCCAGACUUGUGAGGGAACACUGGUACAGAAGAGGGGACACCCUCAAGAUGGCAAAUGACUGAUUGAGUUUUUGGAUACCUUGGAAAUUUCCUGCAGGGUCUGUUUCAUGGAGGUGGAGACUCCCUUCUUAAAACCAAGGAAUUUUAACUGAACCUUCACUGUUCAAAACUACUUGGCACAGAAGGAAGAGCCUGAACUUACAGAGACAUGUAUUUGGAGUUGAAUUCCAGAUCUUCUACUUAGCAGCUGUGAAAUCUCGAAGGCAUUACUGCAUUUCACUCUAAAUUGUCUAGAGGACCCUUCCAGGGGUUAUCUGAUUCUAGAAGGGUCUGCACCUUUCCUUGUCUUUGAGCUACUUGACAACUUUCUGAGUUAUAGAAAACUGAUAGUAACAAUAAUGAUUUUUGUCCAUGGAGAUGCAAAUAAAUUUUGUACAAUGAAAAAUGAUUCCCCUGUGGAUAGUGACCAGUUUUGUUCCUAUUAGCAAAUUCAUUUUAGCAUUCCUGACUUCCUAUAUGUGUGGCCGAAGUUUGGGCUCU